AUGUGGCUGUGGCUAGAGACCACAGCAAGAGAGUUUAGUUAUAGGGAAUGUGUGGUGAAGGAGUGGUGUGUGGAAAUGUUCUGCAUCCACCCACACAACUACCAGUCCCUAGGUACAGUGCCUACAGACCUCACCAAGCCUUUGGAUGGAAAAAUUAUUAAGGUAGAGCAAGCCAACAAACCAUCUUUUGAAAGUGGUAGUAGACAGAAACUUUCACUUCCAAGAAACAGAGGCACCACAAAAAGUCUGAGAUGUCGAAGAGAAGGAAAUGGAGGAGCAGAAGGGCAUCCCCAUCCCUCAAGUGGAGGAAGUUUGAGUAAUGUUUUAAAACAUAAGGAUGUACCCAGGGGAAUGAAAAACUUGUCACGAGAGAGAGAAAAUUAUGGAGGCCCCUCACGCAGACAGCCUGUUUCUUCCUGGAGAGAUGAUUAUCUAUCACCAAGAGAUGAUAGUUAUGCUACUAAAUAUAGUUAUUCAAGCAGAGAUUAUCCCAGUUCCCGAGACACUAAGGAUUAUGCUGUAUCACUCCAAGACUAUGCAUACCAAAAUUAUGGCCAUUCAAGUGCUCGAGAUGAACAUUCUUGUAGAGAACACAGAGGUCGAGAUAACUAUGGUGGUGGUCAUGAUAGAGAUUAUUCUGAACAUCCAAGUGGUGGCUCUUACAGAGAUUCAAGUGAGAGUUAUGGUCGCUGCCGAGGUGCACCACCACCCCGAGGGGCCCCUCUGGCUUAUGGGGAAAGUGGUUGCUAUGAUGAUUAUACUAGUACACGAGAUGAAUAUGGUAGAAGUCGAGAAAGUUACUCAAGUGGCCGGAGUGACAUCAUUUCUAGUGGUUGUGAGCAUGAUGGUGGCAGACAAGAACGAGGGUUUCCACCUUCUGUGGAGAGAGUAUACUCUGCUUCUCGUGAUUCUUAUGGUAGCUCAGGUUAUGGAAUAUCCAGAGGACGCCAUGGGGGAAGUAGACCUGAAAGAGGAGGCCAUAGAAGAUACUACAAAUAAUACUGUUAUGUAAAAGUUACUUUCUUUGCAAAGAAAAAAAAAAUAUAUAUAUAUGCUGUUUUUC